AGCCAGCGGCGGCGGCCAGCGGUGGGGUAGAGCGGUCCUGGCUUUCGGGCGGCGGGUUCCUAGGCUGCAGAGGCUCGGCGGGUCGUGGUUAGGUGGUAGCGGCGGAUGCCGGAGGAGCGCCGGCUCGGCCGCUUGGCGGCCCCUGGGUCGAGAUGAGCGGCUCGGCGUCUGUCGGGGGCCCGGUGCUCCCGCUGCCCCCGGGCCCGGCCACUGCGCUGCCUCCCGGCUCUGCCGCGCGGGCUCUUCAUGUGGAGCUGCCGUCCCAGCAGCGGCGUCUUCGGCAUCUUCGGAACAUUGCUGCCCGGAAUGUUGUUAAUAGGAAUGGUUAUCAGCUCCUUGACACCUACUUCACCCUUCACCUGUGUAACACAGAGAAGACAUACAAAGAAUUUUAUAGAAGUGAAGUGAUUAAGAAUUCCUUGAAUCCAACGUGGCGGAGUCUUGAUUUUGGAAUAAUGCCAGACCAUCUUGAUACGUCGGUGUCUCGUUUUGUGGUGCGGAUAUGGGGUGGGAAGGAAGAUGUCUACCAGCUGUUGAUUGAAUGGAAAGUCUGCUUGGAUGGGCUGAAAUACUUGGGUCAGCAGAUUCAUGCUCGCAACCAAAAUGAGGUCAUUUUUGGGCUGAAUGAUGGCUACUACGGUGCUCCAUUCGAACACAAGGGUCACCCACACGUUCCGAAGACCAUCCUUCAGGUGGAUCAGAACUGUGUCCGCAAUUCCUACGAUGUCUUCUCUUUGCUGCGACUGCAUAGAGCCCAGUGUGCAAUUAAACAGACUCAGGUAACUGUUCAGAAAAUUGGGAAGGAAAUGGAAGAAAAGCUAAGGCUCACAUCUGCAAGCAAUGAGCUGAAGAAAGAAAGUGAAUGUCUGCAGUUAAAAAUGCUGGUGCUUCGGAAAGAACUGGAAAGACAGAAGAGAGCUCUGGGACAGGAGGUGGCAUUACUGCAUAAGCAACAAAUUGCAUUACAGGACAAAAGAAAUGCGUUUUCAACUGAACACCUCAAGCUUCAACUCCAGAAGGAAUCCCUAAACGAGUUGAGGAAAGAGUGCACUGCACAAAGAGAACUUUUUUUGAAGACUAAUGCCCAGUUGACAAUUCGAUGCAAACAAUUACUAUCUGAACUUUCCUACAUUUAUCCUAUUGAUUUGAACGACCAUAAAGAUUACUUCGUAUGUGGUGUCAAGUUACCCAAUUCUGAGGACUUUCAAGCAAAAGAUGAUGGGAGCAUUGCUGUGGCCCUGGGUUACACCGCACACCUGGUCUCCAUGGUUUCCUUUUUCCUGCAAGUGCCCCUCAGAUACCCUAUAAUUCACAAGGGAUCGAGGUCAACAAUCAAAGAUAAUAUUAAUGACAAGCUGACUGAAAAGGAAAGGGAGUUCCCACUGUAUCCAAAAGGAGGGGAGAAGUUGCAAUUUGAUUAUGGUGUGUAUCUUCUGAACAAAAAUAUAGCACAGCUAAGAUAUCAACAUGGCCUGGGAACUCCAGACUUGAGGCAAACCCUUCCCAACCUGAAAAACUUCCUGGAGCACGGGCUAAUGGUCAGGUGUGACAGACAUCACACCUCCAGCGCGAUCCCUGUCCCAAAGAGACAGAGCUCCAUGUUUGCGGGUGCAGAGGGGGCUUCCUCCGGGGGAACCCCUUCACCGGACAAAGGACACCGAAAACGGGCCAGCUCAGACAAUGAGAGACUACAGUACCGGACGCCUCCUCCCAGCUACGGCUCCGCCUCAGCACAGCCCGCGCCCGCGGCCGUGCCUGCGUCCACGGCAGGGCCCGAGAGAAAGGCAGCCCCCCUGUCCUCCUCCUUGGAUACGCCCUUGAACUUCUCCAAAGAGAGCUCGAGAAAGGGAGCCGAUCUGGAGCACAGCGCCCGUGGGGGCCACGUGAGUGUGAGUGCUGGCCCGGAACAGGGAGCAGCAGCCCCCUCGGGGCACCCCGCCACAGUCAACGGCACCCUCCUGCCCAGCGAGCAGGCUGGCACGGCCGGCGCCCAGCCGCCGCCCGGCGAGCUCCUCCCCGCGGCUUCCGAAGCCGAGCCCCGCUGUGCGGUGGAGCAGGCGGAAGAAAUCAUCGGGCUGGAGGCCACCGGCUUCACGUCCGGCGACCAGCUCGAAGCGUUUAGCUGCAUCCCGGUGGACAGUGCCGUGGCCGUGGAGUGUGACGAGCAAGUCCUGGGGGAAUUUGAAGAGUUCUCCCGAAGGAUCUACGCACUGAAUGAAAACGUGUCCAGCUUCCGCCGGCCGCGCCGGAGCUCCGAGAAGUGACCGGAACGACCAGCAUCGAGCGCCUGCACGGCGGAGGGAAAAGCUGCACUUGACUUAACCUCUUGGUGGUUAGGGUGGAGCAAGAUGAGCAGUCGUGGCGGACAUUCCUGGGGCGGGCGCCGUGGGGGCGUCGAGGAAAGUUGUACUCGGGAUCACGGGGUAUCGGGGCCAAUAGAGCUAGGUUUUGCAUCCCAGGCUGGCUUUUCCAGCCCUGACGGUCCUCUUAAGGCAAAAGGCACUCCCUUGUUUGGACGAGCUCAUAGCUCAAUCACCUUAUAGGUAUUUGUCUGCUUUUAUUUACACUUGUAUGUUGUCCUCAGAGGGAAAGCGAUAAUAUAUAUAAAUAAUAUAAUGAACCCGUUUCUCAUAAACAUUUGCCCACCUUCAGAGUGUUAGCUCCCGGGAAACAAUAUUCAGGAACUGGGCUCUCCCAAGUGUCCAAGCGUCUUUGGCCAUCCAGCCGGCUGGUGAAUAAGAAGCACAGUGGCCCUACUUAUCCUUGUCCCCAGCCCCAUCUUCCUCUGCCCUGCUGCUGCACCCCACUCCACCCGACCCCCGCACCACAGUCCACAUGCAGGGCACCCCCAUUCUUACAGUGGUGGAUUAUGCACCCUGCAAAAUGUGGCUUUCAGAUUCACGGCUUUGUGGCUUUGCUUUGGUUCGUUCAGCGCAGUAGCCAUGGUCUUCCACCACCUCUAAAUGUAUUGCCACACCCUAAAUGUACCCCUCAAAAAUAACCUUUAAAACUUCCCCUCCCUUGGAUUCCUGGGGACCCUCAAGGACCCUAAAGUCACUAAGGUAGCGUCCAGUCCACUUUGGGGCCCAAAGCUCUCACAUGCGCACAUGCUGCGUGGUCCGAAAAGCAGCAUGCUUCCUGGCAAUGCGCUCACCAGGCAAAACCCUGUACGUAAACCCCAUGUUAAUUUAUUGGAGUUCACCUGAAGGAAGGCAUCGAAGAUGAUGAACUAUAUGCAGAGAGUCACGUUGUCCCAAGUGCAAACUGCCCGGCAGCUGAGGAAGUUGGAAUACGAGUCUAAAUAAAUGAGGCUUAGAGUACUGUUGGUGUAUGUGCAAUGGCAUAAAUAUUAAAUUAUGUUUUUGUUACAAGUCAUUCCUGGAGCUCAGAUUUUAUUUGCUGUUGCUUUAUACAUUAUGUACCCAAGGACGUCGCCUCAGGGUUGCAAGCUCUUUAAGGAAAACUGAUCCAUAUAUCCAUGUAUUGUACAGAAUAAAAUUUGAGUUUACUUCA